UCGUAAAUAGGACGAGCGUAAGCGAAAUUUUAAAUCAAUCAUGGCGAUUGGCGUAGAUACGUCAAAAUGGAAACCCAGAAAAAUUACUGGUACACCAGCUUCUAAAUUUCGCAAUAUACUCGGUGUAAGCAUAUUGAGUUUUGGAAUAAUUUCGGGACUGAUUUUCCAUUUCGUACCAGUAACUGGCAAUCUGCGGAAAGCUAUAGAACCUUUAUAUGAAGACCCGAUCGAAGAGGUAGAGAGGCGUCUCAUGAUUGCUAGCGGCCUUCCAAACCGUUCAGCGGCAACAAUACGAAAACAUAUGGAAGAAAGCCUAAGGCCAGACCAACCAGGAAUAUAGAUUAUGAGCAUUGAUAAUAAUAGGUAAUAUUUAUAACUAGAUAAUGUAGAUAAUAAAAAUAAUUGUGUAAAUAAAUAA